GCGCUGGUACCUGCACAAGCACAAGAAAGUGGUGCUUACCAAGGUGCAGUUGCAGGCCAUUUACAAUCGGUUGGCCAAGCAUCACUCCCGAGACUCCACCUUUCUCCGAGCCAUUGCCGUAGACAUGGAGCUCCAACCGUGGAAAUGUCAAUGUGGCCGCCUCAACAAGAAGGUUGCCCGGACAUGCGCUUCAUGCCACUGGGGCUAUGCGCCAACGCCACAAGAUUGGCAAUGGAACCCCCAAUCAUGGCCACAGUGGGACCAGCGGCAGCAGGUGAGACAGCCAAGAGCAAACAGCACGAGAUCUACCAAUUCGAAUCGAACAGAUCGAUCCAGUCGAUCCUAUCGUACAGAUCGUGGCGACCAAGAUGGAGCACAGCCCCCCGACAGCCCCAGACCCAGGGGCGACAGGCAGAAGAGAUCCAAUCGUCGCCCACGAAGACAUCACAAAGGAUCAUCGGAGGCAAAAGAAGAUGCAGAUGGAGCCAAGCGAUCUCAGGAGCCUGUUUGGUCUUCCAAUCUGCCCAGGUUGCAAGCAGUGCCCACUUCUACCCCGACUGCUCCAACAUCGUCCUCGGCAGAAGAUCAACUGCGCACUUUGACUGGUUUGCUUCGCAAGUCUCCGGAUCAGCUCACACCGGAGACUCAGGCCUACCUCACAUCUUUGACGGUCAAGGCCACCCAUUCCACUGCGAAGUCAUUACACAGCUCGGUGACCAAGCUCGAGAAGGCCCAGAAUGCCCUGACAGAAGCUCAAGGCGCCAGGCUUCAGCUUCACAGCAAGUGGAGGAACUUCGUCACAGAGGCGGUGGACAGAUGGACCCAAUCCACCGAGGAGUUCAAGAAGGACGAUCAGAUAUUGGAGGCACAGAUCCAGGCAGCGAAAGAUGCGCUCGUGGCCAUCAAGGAGCAGUAUGCUCAAACUCAGACGCAGUUGGGCAUCGCUGGAUCUUCCUCCAUCGAGAUCUCCGACGAGGAAGAGAACAAGAUGGAUGCGGCAUCUGCCAAGAUAUCAGAUGGUUUGGUGCAGAUGAUGGGAUCCCUGACCAACCUCAAGCAGACGGCCGAUCAGAUGGUAGAAGAACAGCAGAAGGCUGCCAAAAGACCCCGUUUGGGCGAGACUGCAACAGAGGACUCGCCUUUUGUCGAGCCCGACAAGAUGGCCGCCUUCGAUUUGGGACUUCCCACAACGGCUUCCUUUACACCAUCACCACAGCGCUGUGGGAAACGCAGUGGUCCCAAAAAGGUUUCCUUCUCCACCACAAUUCGAUUGCAAUUUUGUGCGGCAGAAUCGCUGCUCAGCGCUAGCAUGGACCUCUCUGAAGAGGCGUUCAACCAUUGGCCAGCGAAGCCCUGGUCAUUGAGGCAGCGCUCAAUCUCAACAUCUAUGCAACCUCAUCCUCAUGAUGCGCUCUCUGUCGAGAUGAAGGGCAACGCAUUCUUUCAUGACAGUGAUGAAGGUUCUUUUGUCCAGACGCCCCCGAUCAAGCGUCUGCGAAAUGAACAUCAAGUACCUGAUUGGCAAGCUUUUGGUCGCCAAGGGGAUCACAGUGACGACGAUACGGAUGAUGGCUCUUCUGAGCAUUCAACUCCUUCGGAAGCUGACCACUCCAGUCAACGCUCGACGUCCUACGAGCCACAGGAGGAUGCCACCUCCUACAAUGAUGGCGUUGUACGCACAGUCCUUCUGUACUGGCGUGAAAAUCCGGCCAUCCAUGCUCAGAUCUCCAGUAUUCAUGCUGAAGGCCAGCUUGCCGAAAUUGCAGAGCGUAUUGGCAUACCUCGACAU